CACUGAUCCAUGGAAAGAGCCGAAGAUGUCGGCUUGGUCAUGUGAUCAGCUGUGUCCAAUCACAGGGACAUGUACACUGAUCAUCAGGGCACUGAUGAUCAGUGUAGCCCCAGCAGUGCCACCUGUCAGUGUCCAUCAGUGCCUUGUGUCAGUGCUCAUCAGUACCACGUGCCAGUGCCCACCAGUGCCACAUAUCAGUGCCUACCAGUGCACAUCAAUGCCACAUAUCAGUGCCCAUCUGAGCUGCCUUUCAGUGUCACCCAUCAGUGCCAGUCAGUGACACCUAUCAAUGCCAAUCAGUGCCACCUAUCAGUUCCACCAGUGUCGCCUAUCAGUGCCAGUUAGUACCGCCUAUUAGUGCCCGUCAGUG